CUAAAGUUGUCGCCGUACGCUGACGUCAGUCGGUGAUUUUAUAUUUUCCUUUACUAAUUUGGCGAUUACAGUUUUCAGAAAUUUUCUUUUAUCGAUUUAAUUCUUUUUUUCGGUCCCCUACUCCGUUUCACAAAUAUGGCAUCGGCGCCGGAGACCAAAGCCGCGGAAGCGGAGAGUCCUGGCGGAUUUACCAGUAUGGUAAACGAGAUCAUUUACAGCCCCGUUAAUUUGGUGUUAAUUGUGAUUAUUGUCGUAUUGGUGUAUAAGAUAGUAAAGAGCAAGAUCGGGAAGGUGUCUGUAGAGGCGGCGACGCCGGAGCUGCCGAAAUUGCGAAAGGACAUGACGGUGGCGGAGCUGAGACAGUACGACGGCACGCAGCCUGAUGGCCGGGUGCUGGUGGCGGUCAAUGGGUGGAUAUUCGACGUGACGCGGGGGCGCCGCUUCUACGGGCCCGGUGGUCCUUAUGCUGCUUUCGGAGGGAAAGACGCGUCGAGAGGGCUGGCCACAUUCUCAGUGACGUCAUCAGAUAAGGAAUAUGAUGAUCUUAGUGAUCUCAACUCUAUGGAGAUGGAGUCAGUCAAAGAAUGGGAGGCACAGUUCAGAGAGAAGUACGACCUGGUGGGGCGACUCCUGAAGCCAGGCGAGGAGCCCACCAACUACUCGGACGAGGAGGCCGAGGAAACGGACAACUCACACGCAGACAAGAAGGACCAGUAAAGUUACCAACCGCUGCACGGCUUUAGAGUGCGGUGUUUCUAUCAGAAUACGGGGGCAAAGGCGAGGAAUUACUCUCGUAUUCUAAGAUGUUGACUUUCAACCUUCCUCGACUCCGGCCUCAGGUGAGGCGACCUCCAGGUUUUCCUUGAAAUCGGUAUUCUUAUACGACGCCUCAACCUAAACUCGAGUUUAAUUCAGUAAGGCGUGUCAUUAUUUUCGUAUUAUUAUGUUGGCAGUAUGAUAAUGCUCGACUCCAGUGAGCAAAGACCUCAAGUCGAGAACGUAAAUGUCAACUUAAAAUACCAAAAUGCUCAGCUGAGGCAGAGUCGAGUGGAAGAAAAGUCGGUUGAACAUCUUAGAAUUCAGGUGUUAGACUUGUUUUUUUUAUAUAUAUUUUUGCCACGGAAAAACAACAUAGCUCAGGACUAUAUCCCAAUGGUGUAGUCCAUCCAUCGCAAAAUGAACUCACUACCCACACCUCACCGAGUAUUCUGUUAGAUUAACGUGAAAACCCCGGAAAUGUUGUAUUAGAUAACAUUGACAUAUUUGACAAUUAAAAAGUAUUGAUUAAUCAGGACAGUCGAAGUAGCUUUGAGCGAUGGCAAGACUCUUUCUGUCUCUUUUAUUCCAAGGCCCGUUUACCUAAUCUGAAGAAAUUAUCGGGCACUUUUUUAUACGUAACAUCCAUAAUCGUAUCGUAUACAGAAACGGAAAGACGCGCCAGUACGCCAGAAUUUAUAUGUAAGUAGGUGUCUAUUAUUAUUUUUAUUUUUGCGUCAAGAUUAAAAGUUACCGUCCAUGUUUGUCGCUGGCUCUAAAAGUGUUAUGGGUAUAAAUUUAUGACGGAACAGUCAAGUGACUUAGUUGUAUUGGAUAGGGGUUUUAAUUUUAUUGGUAAAUAUAAUCACAAGUAUUGUCGUAUACUAUAAUUGUGAGUUUAGUAAGAUCGUAAGGGCGGCCAAGAUCAGGAGACGUAAAGGAAAUAUGCAAGUCUAUUUUCGCUACCCCAAUAUUCUUAUAGAAAUACACGUUAAGUUAAUGGGUGUUCUCAUGUGUAAUAUUCAAUAAAAUCUAUUUCCUUCUUUUGACAUUGGCGACAAUUCAAUUUCCUAAACUUUUUAGAAUUAGCCUCAGUCACAAAGUUCUAAAAAAUAUCUAGUUUAUUUUUUUAAUAAAGUCAAUUAAAUGUACGCUUAUGAAAUAAAAAUAGCGUGAAAUAAUAAAUAAUUUUAACAAUUUCUUAUAGUUUCGUUUUACUAUAUCUGUUACUAUAUCCGUCUAUAUCUAUCUUAUUGUAUAAUGAGAUUACACAUGGGACGCCGCUGAAGCAUGAUACCAUCCGACAAAGUGAGUGAGUUUCAGCGAAAAUUUGUUGUACAUACAAAUGAAAUCUAUUUAAUUAACUGUUGCUUAUUGCAGAUUUUUGGAUAUAUGUAUUAUAUUUACAGUUUCAUCAAUUGAAAGACUGAGUGAUGGCAUAUUAUGUUUGAUGAUAUCAAGGGAUACAACAAAAUUACUAAUUGCACAUUCCUAUUUUUUUCCGACUGCAAAUAUGCAAUCUUUUUUUUUAUAUACUAACUGCCAUUGUAUGUAUAUAAACGUGCAUUUAUCAUGUGUACACAUUUAUUUCAUCGAGUUUCUCUUGUAUGCAAUUCAUUCCAAUAAAGUUUGCCCCUAAAUCAAAUCAAUUAGUGUAUUAUUCAUAGUAAAUGUCCUGAGAAAUUGCAAACUUGUACCGUUUUAUCUUCAAUAUGUAUAUUGGGCAAAUUUCAUUGGAAUGGAUGGAAGGAGGCGGUAAUCAUUGGCCACACGAAAUCGGAGAUUAUUGAGUCGUAAAUCCAGAUUUUGGUACUUAAAUAUUAACCUGUAAAUGUUUUGCAAGUAAUUAAAAAAAUACAAAAAUAAAUAAGGAAAUGUGCAUAAUACAUAAUUGUUUACAUUAAGGACUAUAUGGAUCUAAUAAAUGAUAAUCUAUUGUUCAGUGAUGUGUGUGAUUUUAACGUAUUUUUGUUUGUCCCGCGUCGUUGGAUUUUGAUAUUUCAGGCAACUAAUACUAAUUUAUGAUGUUUUUGUAACUUUCGUCUGUUGCUCUUAAAAGUAGAAUUUUCAUCUUAAAGUACAAACAAAUAGUCCGCGCACUGCUGUUAGUUUUGCCUAAAAUAUCUGCGUCUUGCGAUAAAUUGUUCUUUUGUUGUAAUCAUACUUGUUCAUUGUUUUUUUAUUAGGUUGUUAGUUUUAAGAUUCCUGGUGUAUGAAUUAUGUUUUAUUUUUUAAAGUGGGGUUAUGGUAGAAGUUGUUAUUAUCCUUUAUUGAGAUAUUCUAUGGAUCUAGGCAUUACGACUGGCGGCAGAAUUGAUUUGUCAUUUACCAGUUCCACAAUAAGGUUAGUUUUAUGCUCUACCAUAAGUAAUCUGUAAGUAACUUAUGUUCGCAUGAUAAAAGGAUGUUUUAAAAUAUUUGCUACUUAAAUUCGAACAAGCUUAAAUUAACUAUGGACCUUUAUUUAUAUUGGUCGUGAUUUAUAUGCAAGCGAGGUACUUCAAUGUCUUAAGCAUAUUGUACCUAUGUAUAGGGAAAUUAUCCAAAUAGCACCCGAUUCAUUUAGAUGUAUAUUUUGUUACCGAUACAAAGCGGGAUAGCUGAUUAUUACCUUCUUAUAUUGUUUUGACGUUGCUAGUCUGUCUACUUCGGCCACUAGGGAAGUCAUCGGCGAAUUAAACCGUACUUGAAAGAUCGGUUCAAACCACGCGUAGUGCAGAACAGGAAAUUUUGAGUACAUCACAUCAUUUUCAAAGAGAAAGAUACUUUAUGACAGAACUACUAUAGCAACAUGUUUGCAUAGCAGUUUAAACACUAACAUGACUUUGUAUGUACGCGCCACUGUUUGUAACGUUUACGAACUCUCACAUGUCAAAAAGUCUCUAGAGGACGCUGCUGUCGUCUGCGACAUGAAAUAUUCUCUUUCGUAUCAGUCAGCUUCUUCACGUGUAAUUUUUCAUCUUCUAUAAUUUCAACUGCUUUAAAUCUAAAUAAUUGAUUGUGGUUAAGUCAAUCGCUACCAUUAUCUGCAUUAAUUUGAACCGAUCCAAAGUCGUCACUUCAGUGUCCUUUUCCAGGCUGUUUUGUCUAUAGCUGUGAGUAUAUUGUGUUUCUUUACCUACAAUAUCAUAGAUGCGAAGCCAAGUUGUCGAAGUAGUCCAUACGACCUACACCUAAGUUAAAUCAUGAAGUAAAUGUUCAGCACAUUAAAAUGUUAACUAAUUCAAUAACUAUUGUAAAUUCAUUAUUUUAACAUUGUCACAUGACUAUAAUUAAAGCGUUUUUACAUA